UAUACUGCACACAUUCAACAAGUACACUGUAGUCUUUGAUUUCGUUUGUAUUAUUUGUACCUCCAUGCACACACCUACUAAAAGUCCAAUCCAUAAAAACACUCGUCGUUGUACUUGAGUAGGGUUGCUUACUGAGUGACAACCAUUGCAUUUUAUUUCUAAAAAGCUGCAACUUCCUGCUUUUAACGUUGGUGAAUAUGGCCGGUGUGGAAGAAGAACGUGUUUCAACUGAGGUGGGGGAGGAAACAUCAACUGUGUCAACGAGUACAACAUCAACUAACCAAAGCACAACAGCUGACAGUGAACUUGCAACUUUCAAAAAAGUUGCUGCCCAAGCGCUUCAAGAACAUGGAGAUCUUAAAAAGAAGUACGAGAAACUCAGGCACAAGUUUCAGGAGAGCGAGAAACAACGCAAGGCCACUGAGAAGAAAUUAGAUGAAUCUGAUCAUGUGUACAAACAUCUCAGUGUAGUUUCGGAGGCAGCCUUCAAUGAAUAUUGCGAUCUGAACGUCAGAUAUGAUGUUGAACAACAAUGCCGGCUUACUGCAGAGACCUACGCGACAAAGGUAAGCGAAAGAUUUCAAAUCUGA